UACGGAAGUGUGGCGUCACACUCUCGCGAGAGGAAAUCUGUGAGAUCUGGUUUAGCUGUCCGGCAAGAGUCAAGGAGCUAGAUAGACAUCAACGGGGCUGCGGGACUUUUAAACAGCUAUCCGAGGUUGCUGUCUGUGUUAAGAAAAUCGGAACUGUUCUGGAAAAAUCUGGACUGUUGGGCGGAAAGCCGCCGUUUGACAAUAUCUGUAGAAAUUCACUUGCAUUCAGGUUUUCCCAAAAUCCAGCACUGCGGGGCAUUAGGAAUGGGCAAGCUUUGCAUCAACCCAAAAUCGGAUGUAUACAAGCCAGAAAGAAGGACCUGGCCCUGACAGAAAAAGGCACUGGCCAAGAAGGGAGUGAUGCAGCUCAACAUGGCAGAUGUCAACAAUAAUUUGUAGCUCUACAUAUCCCUUUGGUACUGAGCAUUAUUUUAAAGACUUUCUGGGAAGAAAGAAAUAAAACUUAUGGAAUUCAGAAAAGAAGACACUUGGACUGAUGGUAAAUACGAGUAUGAACGCCUUCCUAGACAUCGCCUGCCCCCACGUGAAAUUCCCCCUGAUGGAGAAUAUCAGAGAAUGGUAAACAUAGUCCAAAAAAGGCCACCAGAUGAGGAAGGUUACAAUCGCUAUGAAGACUACAGUGAUUCUGAAUUCAGAGAUUAUGAGGAGUGCUAUGCCAAUGAGCGCAAAAGUGGUUUCCCCUACAGAGAUGACCCAGCAUAUAGAUGGCGAGGUGAGCCUCAUAUGAGUCGACAACUUGAGUACAGAGAAAGCAAAGAUGCUUACAAGAAAAAGCCAUACUACCAUCCUAAUAUCUGUCCCAGAGAACGAUCGCCGCACAGAAGAGACUCUCCUUUUGUCCGGGACUCUCCUGUUACUCGAAAGGAUUCUCCACAUAGUAGAUCUGGUUCCAGUGUAAGCAGCAGAAGCUAUUCACCAGAGAGAGGGAAAUCCUACCCUUUCCACCAACACAGAAGAAGCAAAGAGCAGUCAUGUACUCAUCCUUCAGCAGUAUCCCCUACAAGUUCUGCUGCAAUUCCUCCUACAAAGGGUGCAGAAUUAGAUAAAAGUAGCCGACUGUCUGACCCAGUUUUUAUGGAGGCUGCUUGUAAGUGGGUUGCUGAGAGAAUGGAGAAGGUCACUGAAAGCAAAUUACAGGAUUGCACAGAAGAGCAUGCUGGGUCAUCUUCUGCACUGCAUGGAGACCAAAUUGCUGAAUUAGAAGCAAAUGUCUCUGGGAAUUCUGAAUUUCAUGAUGCAAAUCCACAUACCAGCCGUUCAAGAGCAAUUGCAGCAAAGACGAAAGAAAUUGAAGAGGUCUAUAGGCAGGACUGUGAGACGUUCGGGAUGGUUGUGAAGAUGUUAAUAGACAAGGACUCCACACUUGAAAAGCAAAUUCAGUUCUCAUUGAGACAAAAUUUAAGUGAGAUCGGGGAAAGAUGCAUUGAAGAGCUAAAAAUGUAUAUCACGGAAUAUGAUGCACACCAGGAAUUGGUAUAGGAUGCACACAAAGCACACUUUUCAAAUUUUAAAUUAAGAUUUUCCUUAGUUGCAUUGUCUGUCUACAUAAUAAUUAUCCUAUAUAAAAUAUUUUGGAUAUUGCAAAAAAAAAAAAAGUAAGAAUAAGAAUUAUACUGUGGGUUCUUUUUAGACAACUUACAUAGGACCUGGGCCAUUUUGUACGCAUGUGUUAUGUAUAAAUAACAAUUGUGUAGAGUAAAUUGUGUUUUGGGCGGUACGAUCUUUACUUGAAUGAUGUACAGACUGGUGUGAAUUUUGCUUCACUAUUUCUGAGUGAAUUGUUAUGUAUGUCUCCAAAAUGAAAAUUCCUCAACCGUUUUGCUUUUGUUGUUUUUCUAUCUAUGAACCCUAAGUAAUGGCUGCUUUCUGUUUUUAUUUUCAAAUUAUUAAACAAGAAUCAUUUUUUUUUUACUUUA